CCCACCAGUGAUAUCCUCCUCCCACCCCGUCGUUGGCCUCGGGUUGCGGCGAUGAGGGGCUCCACGGCUGCUCUCAUGGCGGCGGCGCUGCUGAUGCUGCUGGUAUCGCCGGCGCUGCUGAUGCUGCUGCUGUCUCCGGCGGCCUCGGACACGUUCGAGCAGGAGACCCGCCGGAUGUUCGUCCAGUGGAAGGCCAAGUACAAGAUUACCUAUAAAUACGCCGGCGAAGAGGAGUGCCGGUACGCGUUGUUCAAGGACGCCCGCCGCAUCGUUGCCCGGUCUAACGCCGCCGGGUUGACCACAACCGGCCUCAACGGUCUCAGCGCCCACGCCAGUGAGGAGGUCCUCCAGGGGGAAGGGGUCCAGAUCGGGGAGGGAUCGUACGAGGAGGAGACCCGCCGGAUGUUCGUGGGGUGGAAGGCCAAGUACAAGAAGACCUACAGAGACGUCGGCGAGGAGGAGUGCCGGUACAUGUUGUUCAAGGGCAAUCGCCGCGUCGUCGUCGACCUCAACGCCGCCGCCGCCGGGAAAACAGCUUACGGCCUCAACCAGUUCGGCGACCUCACCAAGGAGGAGGUCCGCGAAUCCUGCGAUGGGGGGAUGGAGGGAAAGCUCAGCGCCUUGUGCCAGGCCGCCGUCGCAGGGUACGCCGGCGUCCAUCACAGGCCGAUUCGGUCCCAGGUUUGCUGGUGCAUUACUUCGGAGCUGAAACAAACAGAGUCUGGAGGUAGCGCCAUUCCUGGAGAUGAAGCACACAUGCAGAUCUGAGCAUCGCUUCCGUUUGUUGCCAGAGAAUUUUACAAUAAAAAAGAUGCUAAUGUAAUAUGGUAAAUUUGAGAUGAAAAUGUAUGCAUUUCCAACCUGUGCAGCUAUGCUAAAGAUUGUUCUGAUGUGUGUUUUCGGUUAUUUGCUACGUCAAACUUGUGCCCCCAUUGAUUUCUUGGCAGUGACGAUUCUUGGGCUAAUAAUAAUGUUUAUACUAUUCGUGCA